CAGACACAUUCAGUAGAACAUUCUCUCUCUUAUUUUCCUUUCUUAUGGCUGUCAGCCGAUCAGCAACGCUGCGAAUCAUCGUCUCUCAAAUCCAACUAUCUCAAACUCAAGAGGACUAGUAUUUUUUUUUGUGAGUUUUUGAGGUGGGCUUUUUGGUGAUUUUUCAGUAUGGGGAGGAUGGGAUUGGAAAGCAAUCAUAAUCAGAAUCAGAGAACCUACUCGGCCAAGUCUAGUGACUAUAAGCUUCUGGAAGAAGUUGGUUAUGGAUCCAGUGCAACGGUUUAUAGAGCGAUCUACUUGCCGUCAAAUGAAGUUGUCGCUGUGAAGUGUUUGGAUCUCGAUCGCUGUAACAGUAAUCUGGAUGACAUACACCGGGAGGCUCUAACAAUGAGUUUGAUUGAUCAUCCAAAUGUGAUAAGGGCGUAUUGUUCAUUUGUUGUUGAUCAUAACCUAUGGGUGGUAAUGCCAUUCAUGGCAGAGGGUUCCUGCUUGCACCUCAUGAAGAUAGCAUACCAAGAUGGAUUCGAAGAGCCUGCAAUUGGUUCUAUUCUGAAAGAAACUCUCAAAGCUUUGGAUUACCUUCAUCGACAUGGACAUAUUCAUCGGGAUGUCAAGGCUGGAAACAUACUACUUGAUUCUAAUGGGGCAGUAAAGCUUGCUGAUUUUGGUGUUUCAGCUUGCAUGUUUGAUACUGGUGAUAGACAAUGCUCAAGAAAUACUUUUGUAGGGACUCCGUGCUGGAUGGCACCAGAAGUGUUGCAGCCUGGAAGUGGAUAUAAUUCUAAGGCUGAUAUUUGGUCAUUUGGUAUAACAGCAUUGGAGUUGGCCCACGGUCAUGCGCCUUUCUCCAAGUAUCCUCCAAUGAAGGUUCUCUUGAUGACCAUUCAGAAUGCUCCUCCUGGCCUUGAUUAUGAUCGUGACAAGAAAUUCUCCAAGUCUUUUAAAGAAAUGGUUGCUAUGUGCCUGGUGAAAGAUCAAACAAAGAGGCCAACUGCAGGGAAGUUAUUAAAACACUCCUUUUUCAAGCAUGCAAAGCCUCCACAACUUUCUGUGAAGAAAUUAUUUGCUGACUUGCCACCUCUAUGGAAUCGUGUGAAAGAACUUCAGCUUAAAGAUGCUGCACAGCUAGCUCUGAAGAAAAUGCCUUCAGCAGAACAAGAAGCUAUAUCACAGAGUGAAUACCAGAGAGGAGUCAGUGCCUGGAACUUCGAUAUUGAAGAUUUGAAAGCUCAGGCAUCACUAGUACAAGAUGAUGAUGAUAUGCCUGAGAGCAGGGAUGAAGAUGAAAACAUGAAAUCAUACGUUGGUGAUAAGACUGGAACUGAUUUCCAAUUUAGUUAUGGGAAAUCAAAUUCUAAUGCAGAAUUUUCACAGACUGAAAACAUAGAACAAAGUGAUCAGCUACAAUUGUCUGAGAGCUUGAAUAAUAAGGGCAAGAGCCCUGAAAUUGAGUCACUGGAACCUGAAAUUAAAGAGAAGAUUGUUAUUAAGAAAAUUGGAUCAAGCAUUGAGGCAAUGGCUUCAAACUCUGAAAAGGACUCAAUGCUGACCAAGGCUAAAACAGUUAAAAGUCGCCAAACUCAGAGUGGGCCUCUCAUGCCUGGUGUCAAACUUACUCAUUCAUUAUCAGAAAGGGGGCGUAACUCUGAUAGGUGUGAAAAUGAUAUUCAACCACAGACUCAGAGAGCUACUCAAUUUCGAAGAGCACCAAGCUUUAGUGGCCCUUUGACACUUCCAAACCGAGCUUCAGCAAACAGUUUAUCUGCUCCCAUAAGAUCUUCAGGAGGAUAUAGAGAUUCUAUGGAUGACAAGUCAAAGGCUAAUUUGGUGCAAAUUAAAGGGCGAUUCUCGGUAACAUCUGAAAAUUUAGACCUUGUAAAGGAUAUUCCACUAAGUACAGUUCCACGCCGAUCACAGGGAUCACCUCUGCAAAAAUCUGCCGGCGUUGGUGAUUGGAUGUUUGAGUCCAGGCCAUUGCCAAGUAGCAAGGAGUUGAGCAACGGUAAUGCGCUAGCAGCACUUCUUUUGCCUCAUCUUCAGAAUCUUUUUCAGCAGACCUCACUUCAGCAGGAUCUUAUCUUGAAUUUAUUGAAUAUCUUGCAACCAGCUGAGGCUGUAGAUGCUUCUCAAAAUGGAAAGUUGCCCCCACCGCCUGGUUCAGAGAACAAUGGAAGUCAGGUUGAUACAGCAGCCACCGAGAGGGAACGCUUGCUGCUUAACAAGAUCUCAGAGAUAAAUGCAAGGAUGGUCAAUUUAACAGAUGAACUGACUUCUGAAAAGUUGAGAUUCAAUCAAGUUUGAUUAUUAUGUACAGUUGCAACAGCAGCUGCAUGCCAUGUCCGGUCAAGAAGAAAACGGGGAUUGAAGGCAAGGUGUUGCCUGAAAACAGAAGGUACCACUUUCUGUAAAAUCACUCCUGUACAUGAAUCGUGCAGGUAAGUAGCAUCUUCUGAUAUUCUUCAUCUAUGCUUUCGGCCAUCGUUGGCAGAGGAAAAAGAUAUCGAGCAAAAUCGAUGGCUUUGGAUAUCCACAACAGUAUUAUAUACAUAUUUCGUACAAGGUCCUGCCACCUUGAGGAUAAAAAGCAUAUAAGGUCAGUCCUUAUUUUCCAUUUAUUGAAUUCAUGCCAGAAGGUCCCUCUUAUCUUCUGUUAAGUAGUCCGAAAGCAGCUGGAAAUAAGGAAGAAAGAUAACUGCAAAUGCUGGUUUAUGUACAGUGUAGCUUUAAAUCUUUAUGUUCAUUAAACAACAUAUCAUAUUACCAAUGGUGAACACAUCAUCGUGUAUUAUUUGCGAUUCCAUUUAAUUUAUAUAUUAAACACAUUCCGAAUUUUUAAACUCA